AUGGCUGCAAAGCCUGCCGCCCGCUGGCCCGAGUAUAAGAGCCCUUAUGGACCGAAAUACGAGUUCCAACCGAAUGUGAUGGGCGUUACGGGCAAGCAGCUAUUUGGACUGGGAGCGCGAAGCGCUGCUUUCGGAGGCGUUGCUCUGUUCGCUGUCAUCUUCUAUGCUUCUGGCAUCCCACGAGUACAAAAGGACAUUCUGCAGAAAGUCCCUGUCAUUGGCGGUUACUUCGUCAAUGAGAUUCCCGCGUCAGACAACCCGUUCUAA